GCUCCGCCUGCCCGCGCGUCCGGGCGGUCUUCAUCUCUUCCCACUCACCACGACCAUCACGAUGAAGAUCACCGUGAAGACUCUCCAGCAGAAGGUCUUCCAGAUCGAUGCGGAAGGCUCAGACACGGUUGUGGACCUCAAGAAGAAGAUCGAGCAAAUUCAAGGGCAUGCUGUGGACACGCAGAAGUUGAUCUACUCUGGCAAGAUCCUCCCGGAUUCGAAGACAGUGGAAGCAUGCGAGAUCAAGGAGAAGGACUUCUUGGUGCUCAUGGUGUCGAAGCCCAAGGCAGCACCCGCUGCACCUGCUGCAUCGACUAGCUCUGCUGCGACGUCAAGUCCUGCUCCUGCCACACCGGCUGCUGCUCCUGCGGCACCAUCCCCCGCACCCGUCCAGUCAACGCCUGCCGUUGCAUCCCAACCUCCAAAUGCACCUCUGCUCUCAGCCGCACAGCCUGCGCCCGCUGCUGUACCAGCCGCCGACCAGGCCUUCACAAGCUCCAACUCGUUCUUGACUGGUGAUGCGCUCCAAUCGACCAUCAACAACAUGAUGGAGAUGGGCUUUGAGCGGGAGCAGGUUAUGCGUGCACUGCGAGCUAGCUUUAACAACCCCGACCGUGCGGUGGAAUAUUUGUUCAACGGUAUCCCAGCGCACCUGGAGGCGACUGCGGCGGGUACUCCGCAGGGCGGUGCGCCGCAAGCACCAGCUGCUGGCGGCAAUGCCCCCGCUGCAGCCCCGGCAGCGGCUCCCGCAGCUGCCCCCGCUGCCCCCGCCCCUGUGCCGAACCAACCGCAGAACCUAUUCCAGCUUGCGCAACAGCAGCAACAGCAACAGCAACACCUUCCAGCUGCUGGUGCUGGCGUCGGUGGUGGUGCGCCCGGACUCAGCUUGGAUGCGCUAGUAAACAACCCGCAAGUCCAGCAGCUGCGUGACUUGAUCGCCUCGAACCCUGCCGUGGCACAACCGCUCAUCCAGCAACUCGCUCAGUCGAACCCCCAACUUGCCCAGCUCUUCGCGAACAACCCUGAGGCGCUACUGCAGCUGCUGGGUGGCGAAGGUCUGGGUGGUGACUUCGGUGAUGAUGAGGGAGGUAUCCCCCCCGGUGCGAAUGUAAUCCACAUUACCGAGGAGGAACAGGCGGCGAUUCAGCGUCUGGAGGCACUAGGCUUCCCUCGUCAGGCAGUCAUCGAGGCAUACUUCGCAUGCGACAAGAACGAGGAGCUCGCAGCAAACUAUCUCUUCGACAGUAAUUUCGAGGAUUCGUAAAAUGUGUUCGCAGGGAUUGAUUGGAAGUAGCUCUGCAGAUUGUACAUGCGUGUGUAUAAGUAAUAUUCCUACCGACUCUUCUCGCGAAUUGUAUCACUUCUCGAGCAUUC